ACCAACUACCGACUGCGCAAGUGUUCGGAUAGUGAAUACCGGGCUUUGAAGUAGGGGCAAUCAUAUCGGUAUAUCAACUACCACCGGCUUGCAAUUAUGGAGAGAAAGAAAUGGGUUAUGUUGGAGAAUAAUCCCGAGGUGAUGAACCAAUUGGCCGCAAAGCUAGGUCUGUCCCAGGAAUUAUCAUUCUACGAUGUCUGGUCGCUCGACGAACCUGAACUCCUGGCCCAUAUCCCUCGUCCCGCCUUGGCUUUAUUAGUCAUUUUGCCCCUUACUCCUGCUUGGAAGGCGGAACGUGAGGCCGAAGAUGCUGAGAAGGAGGACUAUCAAGGCCGCGGACCUGAGGAGCCCGUAAUCUGGUUCAAGCAGACCAUCGGCAACGCUUGCGGGUCCAUCGGGUUCCUGCACUGCGCCAUCAACGGCCCGACUGCGGAGCACAUCCAACCGGGAUCUGAUCUGGACGAGAUCCGUCGCCAGGCCAUCCCUUUAGGAAUGAAGGAGCGGGCCGACUUACUUUAUAACAGUAUCCCUUUCGAAAAAGCGCACAAAUCGUGCGUCCAGCUGGGAGAUACGGUUGCCCAGAACGAAGAGCAUCUAGGACAGCAUUUCGUGGCGUUUGUUAAAGUUGGUGGUAGGCUCUGGGAACUGGAAGGGUCGAGGAAGGGUCCGAUAGACAGGGGCGCGCUUGCAGACGACGAGGAUGUUCUUAGCCCGAAGGCGCUUGAUUUGGGGUUUGGAAGGGUUAUACGCCUUGAACAGCAGGCCGGAGGUGCGGAUUUACGAUUUAGCUGUAUCGCUCUGUCUCGGAAGGCUUAAAUACCUGAGGGUAGAGGAGUGUCACGAAGUCUUCAAGGUUUGCAUUUUAUGCACAGUUUUAAACCAGAGCCCGUGAGUGUUAGAGGCUUGAGUCUCUCUCAUUGUGUUAGUAAGCUCAGUUGCCGUGGUGUCGGUCCAGUCAGGGCUGAAUCAGUCUGAGCUAUACUAGUCCUCUUUAGACUGGAUAGGUUACCUAGGUAGGCAACCUAGUUAAAUCCUGAAUUGACUCAUUUAUGCUAGUGACUAUGCCUUAUCUAUGAGCGUAACCAACUAGGAGAAUAUCGAAGUAUGCUAGAGCUGGAACUUAGUAGUUGCCACAAAGGGGCAUGAGACUAGUAAGAAGAGUGCUAUAAUUUGCAAACCAUCAAUC